AUUCGCUGUCGCUCUUUACUUGCCAUGGCUACGCCAGACCAGCUAACCGAUGCAAAAAAAAUGCAAAGUGUUUGCACGACGUGCACGAUGCAGCUCAAUGCAGAUGCACACGGCAGGCAAGGUCUGGAGUGUGGGAGAACACAGUACAUCUAAAUCAAUUAAGUGCGUUGGUUAGAUCUAGGGACGCGGUGCAUGAGCUUAACAGAAACUGCAGUGGCUUUUAUGCUGAAGGCUGCAUGUUAUAAAUGCUAAAUCUAUAGGUAACACGCUCGGGAAUUUGGAAACUUUGAAGUGCAGAAAAACGCAGCCACUGUUUAAUUAUGAAGGGGUAGUGAAAGUUCACAGACGCUCGUAAUGUCUCAAAUAAAAGUACCCAAAUAGUUGUGUUUGUCUUUGAUCCAGUCACUGAUCUGCUUCCUGUCAAUACCGUCGAAGUGGGUGGAGAAAUGUUUGAAUAACAGCAUUACGGUGCAGCCUGUAACGAGAGAGGAAGACAGAAAGAAAGAGCGAACGCUGAAAAAAAGUUUUUUUAAAACAGGAAAGCCACGCGAAACAGAAAAAAAAAAAAAAUGUCUUCAAACUUCAGAGCUGGAAUUGUAGUGUUAUUUUUUUUCGUGUUUUAUCUCAUCUACCUCAUUCUGGGGGCUGUGAUAUUCUCCAUCAUCGAAGGACCCGAGGAAAUUCGGUUGAAAGACGAGUUGAGAAUUUUGAAAGCCAACUUUCUGAACCACAGCUGUGUAAAUUCUUCAUCGCUGGAAACGUUUUUAGAGCAAGUUUUGACUGCCAGUAAAUACGGCGUGUCUGUCCUCAAUAACGCCUCCGUAAACACGAACUGGGACUUCGCUUCUUCUCUGUUCUUUGCAAGCACUUUGUUAACAACUGUAGGUUAUGGUCAGACCGCUCCCCUGUCGGACAGUGGGAAGGCCUUCUCCAUAUUCUUCGCUGUGCUGGGGGUGCCCUUCACCAUGCUGGUGCUGACGGCCAGUCUGCAGCGGCUCAUGCACCUCUUCACCUACUGGCCCAUGAGGGUGUGCCAGCUGAGGGCGGGCUGGUCCAUCAGGACGGCCAGCAAGGUCCACUUCGUGCUGCUGCUCGUGGUGGUCGUGGUCUGUUUCUUCAUGGUGCCGGCGGCCAUCUUCAGCGCCAUUGAGCAGACGUGGACCUUCUUGGACUCCUUCUACUUCUGCUUCAUCUCGCUCUGCACCAUCGGCCUGGGAGAUUACGUGCCGGGGGCACAGCCUGGACAGACGCUGCGCUCGCUCUACAAGAUCGCUGUCUUGGUGUAUCUGUUUGUGGGGCUGAUGGCAAUGCUUCUGGUCCUGCGCUCCUUCCACAAAGUGUGUGAUCUUCACGGGCUCACCAGCCUCUUCCAGCUGCCCAAGUGCGAGGAGGAGGAGGAGGAGGAGGAGGACCAGGAGCCGAUCAUCGAGCCAGACCAGCCUCAAAAGCAGCUGACAGCAGGCGUCCAGCCCUCUUACAACUCCAUCAACCGAUAACAGCAAGCCCAGACAGGGAGGGACAGCACUGCGUCAACAGCUCAGUACUCGCACACAGGCAGCUGACUUCAAAUCACCGAGAUAUUCCACACAGCAGUGUCUGUUCCACUCUGGUCUGCUCUUCUAAGGAUGGAGAGAUAGGAGUCUGUCAGUCUGAGCCUACAGCCACCGAAGGCCAGAUUUAGAUUUUUAAAUGAAGAUACGUAUGUUAAUACAACUGUUUUUUUUUUUAAUGUUGGUAACCUCACUGUCCACUUUGCACAUAUUUUUGGGUUGAUUGUGCAGAUAACCUUAUACAACAGAGGUCUCUACUAACCCUGGUCCUGGAGAGCCUCAGUCCUGCAGGUUUUAUAGGUGUCAGUGGCUAAUGAUCUGGAACACCUGGACUGAUUAAGCCAAUAAUUGGUUCAAUCAAGUAACUGAGAGCUCGGCAGAAGUGAAAACCAGAAGCCCCAGUAGCUCUCCAGAAACAGGGUUGGAGACUGCUGUUGUACAGAUUAUCUGCUCAAUCAAUGACAAGUUUGACUUUCCAGAUUGCGUUGGUAUGCACCCAGCUUUAGAUUUCAAAUAAAUGCAUAAUGUAGUGUUUUUAGUUUGCCUAGGAUUGCUCUGUCGAAAUAUAACUGACGUUCACCAGAGGUGCCUUGUGAGUUGUCCAUAAGGAUUGUAACACGAGUUUGCUUGUUUUUAUGACCACAAGAAGAGUGACGGAACUUCUUUUUGUAAUCGUUUUUAUUGCAGUAUCACGAACUCGUGAGAGCUCAGCUGCUAAUAGCUUUGUUUUAUAAGCCGCCACCUUGCAGUCAAAGCAAUUGCUAGACUCCUACCUUACUAGUUUACUCUGCAGUGCCAAGACAAGGUUUGGUGCCAAAUGGGAAAUGUGCAAUCUCCCGUUUUUAUACUGUAACAUGCGGUGACAUUUUGUAUGAACUAUUUUAGUGUGGAUACUAUUUAAAAAAGGAAUCGCACACAAUUGUAAACUGUACGACAGCAUUGCCUGUAAAACUUUAAUGGCAUGCUGAAAAAAUAUCCUGGAGCCCCCUCUGGUGGCUCAGCAAGGCUACAUCAGAUUUUAUAGACUGGUAUUUAGACAAGCGAAUAGCAGGAGUUAAAGGUCAAACUAUAUGCAAAGUCCAAGUAUUCAAAUGUUUAUGCUAAUAUUUUAAAUUGAUGAUGUGAUGUCUUUUUUUAAUUAUAUAAAUUGGGUGUAAAUAUGAGUUUAAAGGCAGGUUUAAGAACUUAGACUUGUAGUACCCCCAGAAGGAUUUGUCACGAAGACAUCAAGCCAAAACAUUGUCUACUUGACUUCCAGUUUUACCUUUUGCAGCAAAAUUCAGGAAGGUUUGUUUUAAGGUUAUAAAAACCAGGGAUUCGAACUGAACCCGUAUGUCUAUGAAGAAUGAUUAUUCUAAUAAUGGUAGCGGUUCUAAAUAAAAUAAAAAAUAUACUAUAUGAACUACACACCUCACUGGACUUCAAGUGUCACAAUUGAUCUCUGGUGUCUGUUAACAUAUAUGUAAUAGCAAAAUAUUUUUGUUUUAAUAAAUGUUUUUUUUAUUAUUGUAUCAUUUAGGUAAAUAAAGGUUUAAUUUAUCCAA